ACGGAUGUACUCGACAAUUUCUGAGUCGCGCGGCAGAUGUCCUUAAUCGGUGCGCUUUAGGAAUGUAAACUAGUCGAAAAGGAGACCAAGGGGAAGGGGCGGAAGUACAUCAUUGACGCUUUUGGACAUAUGCAGGAAAAAAAAGACUGGAGAAAAUGGCUUCUUAUUGCUUAACGACCUCGCGAAAGACUGUGCGCGAGGAGGUGCCGAGCGAUUCGGACGAUGACUACGUCACACCAGGGGGAUACGAGUUGGAGAAGAUGCUCUGUCGCCCUCCCAGCGUUUCAUACGCCCGUGUCAAUGAGGUCUGGCCCAACGUCUACAUUGGCGAUGAACAGACGGCACGGAAUCGCCACAGCCUGACGCGCAUGGGCGUGACGCACGUCCUAAAUGCUGCCGAAGGAACGCGCAACAGCGUGGACACGGGCCCCGACUACUACGGCGGCAUGAACAUCCAAUACUACGGAGUGGAAGCAGAGGACGUUCCCACCUUCAAUCUCAGCCACUUCUUCUAUCCUGCUGCCCAGUUUAUCGACGAUGCCCUCGGCAGACCUGAGAGUACGUUUAAAGGACAGAUGUUAAAGCCGCUUAAUCAAGUCCAAAUCCUACAUGAAACGGGUUGUUUUAAUGAAUCUACCUCAUCAAAAUGUCGAAUGUAUUCCAUGGCGAGAGGCACAUUUUACAGUAGCCAACAAGCUCCUGGUGCACUGCGUCAUGGGGAGAAGCCGGUCAGUGACGCUCUUCCUGGCCUACCUGAUGAUUCACGAGAACAUGACCCUGGUGGACGCCAUCGAACACGUCAAGCAGCGCAGACGCAUCCUGCCCAAUUGGGGGUUCCUGAAACAACUCCGGCAACUGGACGUGCAGCUCCGAGGACGAGCGGAGAACUCGGACAACGAAGGCAAAGGCGAUGAAGGUGAUGACGCAAAGAGUGAAGAAGGGGAAGAGGAUGACCAGGAUGUCAAAUAAAACUGUUCUAAAGGACUUCUU